GCGCGGUCCCACCCUCCCCACCGGCCGGCUGGGGACACAAGGGAGACGUCCCGCCGCCGAGUCGCGCCACCUCCACCUCCUCCUUCUCGCUCGCCGCGGCGGCGGCUUCGUUGUCCCCGCAAACCAUGGUCCCCGCAGCCCCCCGCCUGGUCCUCGGCAUCCUGGUACUGAGUUUGUGCUGUGAAGCUUGCAAGCAAGUUAUUUUUCAUGUUCCUUCUGAACUAGAGGCUGAGACCUUAGUUGGCAGAGUUGAUUUGAAAGAGUGCCUCCCAUCUGCUGAGUUCAUCAGUUCCAGCGAUGGGCACUUCAACGUUCUAGAGGAUGGCUCUGUGUACACAACAUCUGCUGUUUCUUUUGCUGAGAAAAAGACUUUUACAAUAUUACUUAAAGACAUUAAAGAACACGUACAAAAGAAAAUACAUGUCAGUUUGGUAGAAGAAGAAAAAAAGACCCAGACACAGAAGACCAGGCAUGCUAGAGAUACAGUUCUAAAGCGAACCAAAAGAAGGUGGGGCCCUAUUCCAUCUGUUAUGAUAGAGAACUCCCUGGGACCUUUUCCACUACAAAUUCAGCAGGUCCAGUCAGACACUGCUCAGAACUACACCAUUUAUUAUUCUGCAAGUGGACCGGGAAUUGAUCAAGAUCCGAAGGGUUUGUUUUACAUAGAAAGAGAAACUGGAAACAUAUUUGCUACUCGUGCAGUAGACCGUGAACAAUAUCCAAGCUUUCAGAUCAUUUGCUUUGCAACCACUCCAGAUGGUUAUUCUCCAGAGGUACCACUUGUACAUACAAUCAGGAUAGAGGAUGAUAAUGAUAACGCCCCAUAUUUUACGCAGGAGGUUUUUCAGUUUUCUGUCCCGGAAAAUUCCAAACCUGGUGUAUUUGUUGGAAAAGUGAUUGCGGAAGACAGAGAUGAGCCUUAUACUCUGCAUACUACAUUGAAAUACAGCAUUGUGUCACAAAUUCCAGAAUCAGUCCGAUCAUUUUCUAUACAUCCUUACUUAGGUGACAUUUCUGUAUUAUCACCACAGCUGGAUAGAGAGAUGUCUCCCAGUUACACUUUGCUAGUUGAAGUGAGAGAUAUGGAUGGUCAGCCUUAUGGUUUGUGCACAACAGGAACAGUUGUGAUUCGAUUAGAAGAUACAAAUGACAAUGCACCAUCCUUUAAACAGAAACAUUAUGAAACACAAGUGGAGGAAAACAGAGUGAAUGUAGAAAUACUGAGACUCACUGUUUUGGAUCUUGAUGAACCUGGUUCACCCGGCUCAGCAGCAGUGUAUGAAAUUAUAAAAGGAAAUGAUGAUCGGUCCUUUGAAAUUACAACAGACAAAAACACAAAUGAAGGAAUACUGUGUGUUGUUAAGGGAUUGGACUAUGAAAGCGCCAAGCAAAGGAUCCUCGUGAUUGCAGUCAACAAUGAUGCACCCUACAUGCUGGCACCACAUUCACAACAAGUUUCACAGAGCACCAGCUCUGUUACAGUAAAUGUCCUGGAUAUGGAUGAGGGACCAGUGUUUAAACCCUGUCACUUACUCCUAGAAGUUAAAGAAUGUGAGGAUAUUGGGACGAGUAUUGGGAGAUACCUAGCAGAAGAUCCAGAAACUGGAAAUAGUGAAGGCAUAUGCUACCGAAUACCACCUGGUCAAUGCAAUUGGAUCAGCAUAGAUGAAAAAUCGGGUGAAGUCAGAACCGUUAAAGUCUUGGACCGAGAUAUAGGAGAAAUGAGACGAGGUCAAUGCAAUAUCACAGUCCUUGCAAUAGACAGAAACGGCAAAACAGGCACUGGAACAAUCCAAGUUGUUAUCCGGCCUGGGAACAAGAACUACCCACGAAUCACUACAACCGAUUAUAUAAUGUGCAGAGACAGAAAACCGAUCUGUCUUACUGCACAGGAUGAUGAUGAGUCUCCUUACAGCACACCCUUUGUAUAUCGCAUAACUGACCGUAGUUUGGCUUCCUCAUGGAAGAUAACUCAACACAAUGAUAAUUCUGUGUAUCUUUCACCCAAGGGUGAUAUUCCAUUUGGAACAUACACUAUUCCUGUAAGUGUUACUGAUAAUGGAGGAAAGGUAGGAGAGCAGUACGUAACAGUUAACUUCUGUGAUUGCGUUACUCCAACUGAAUGCGAUAUCAGGAACCGUCAGUUUGCUGGGUCAAAUGUUACCCUUGGUUUAUGGGCCAUCCUUGCAAUGAUCUUAGGAUCACUGUUAUUGCUGCUAAUAUUGAUCACAAUUUGUGGCUGCUGUGGCUCUGGAGUAAUGCACAGACAAGUGACUGAUGAUUGUGCCAAUCACAACUUAAUUAUUUCAAAUACAGAAGCUCCAGGAGAAGAAGUGAUGGAUCACAAUAUAAUUCCUCUACAAAACACAAAUGAUCAAGGAGGAUAUGGAAUAAAAACAGGAGACCAUCAAACAUUUGAAAUGGUAAAAGGAAGGGGUCAUACCUUGGAAUCGGUCAAGGGAGGCGGACAUCAGUCUCUGGGAUCAGUCAAAGAAGGAGGACAGACUAUGAUGGAUACAUGUAGAUACUCCUACUCAGAGUGGCAUAAUUUCACACACCCUCGUUUAGGUGAAAAGGUGCACCUAUGCAGACAGGAUGAAGAACAGAAGCAUUCUGAAGAUUAUCUCCUUUCAUAUAAUUAUGAAGGAAGAGGAUCCUUGGCUGGCUCUGUAGGCUGUUGCAGUGAUCAGCAUGAAGAAGAAGCACUUGACUUCUUAGAUCAGCUGGAACCCAAGUUUAGGACAUUAGCAGAAACAUGCAUAAAAAGAUAAAUGUGCCUUUCACAGUGCCGAAAAACUGUACAUAAGUGUCUGUCAUACUUUUGUGACAUUGGGUAUUCUGGAAAUGAGGGGGGGAGAGGUUUGUGAAAAUUAUUGUAGACUGGUGAGAGUGUAAAGAACUCUUACUUUAAAUUUACAAUUUUCUCUACUAGACGCGAUGCAUCAAAAAUAAGAGAUUAAAAAUAUUUUUUCUUUAGACUAUAUUAAUGUAGUAAUGCUAGUUUCUACUUAGAUUAUAUUUCUUAUUCUUUGUGAUUACUUAAAAUGCAAAACUUGGUGUUGUCUUUUUAAUUAAUUAUUGAGCUUCAAAAUUUUAUUGUAUUUGGCUUUGGAGAAGGAAAGCUUUUUAACUCACUGUUUCUUUGAUUUCUUUUAAUUCUGUAGAAAUAAACCAAAAAUAUUACUGGUAGAUAUCAAAUACCUUGUUAAUUUUUAAGUUAUACAAGCUGAGAUACAAAACACUUUUCACAUUAAAAAUACUGAUGAAUACAUUAGAAAACUUUAUAUUUUGAUUGAAAAUUAAAUAUAUAUAUUGUAUAUAUGUAAAAUAAUAUUAAAAAAUAUAUUUUUCUCCUAAUGGGUUACCACCCAUCAAACUUGCUAUCCUAAGGGAUUUAUUACAUCACCCCAUAGAAUAUCAGCAUUGUAUGCGAGUAUAUAUUUUUCUUUUAAGGAAAUAAAAGAUUAAAAAAAAAAAAUCAGGAAAUAGAGGUAACUAUUGUACUUUGGGUGAAUGCAAGACAAAUCUCAUGUUUACGUGACCUAAAUUUGUACCUCGGUUUCUUGUGAGUUCUAACAUAGUAUCGUUGCAUAAAUAAUGAACAUUGCCAAGAGUUAUGUCCAGUGUAGCUACCACUACCUUUUUUAUUUGCAUUGUUACAGACUUUGUUAAACUUUCUUUCUGUGAGUAGAACUUGACAGAAAAUACAGCUCAAAUCAAUCGAGGAUACACUGCAUUAACAAUGUGCUUUAAAGACAGUUCUGUUUGAGAUGCAGAACUACACUGUGACAAUCUGUCUGGUUUGAGUGUAUUAUGUGGUUGUUGUAGAGGUAAGCUUUUACACAGAUCUCUGGCAGAAAUCCUCUGAAUCUCAUUUGUCAUUUUACUGGAUUAAGCAUACAUAUACACUAUAUAUAUUUGCAAAAGUCUGAAAUACCUUUGGCAGAUGACAGUAGUGAAACCUGAAUGCUGCUAUAAGCCAUUUCUUGAAUUCAGCCUUUGCUUCACAGGUUUUGUAUGGUUUUAUUAUUUGCACUCCUGGUUAAGUAAUCAGUCCUCUGCACUCUAAGAUUUCUCUUGUGCCUUAAAAGAACAUCUUCCUGCCUGUGAGAAAGAGAAACUUGUGCGAUUACUUAUUUCUGUUGCUGUAGUUCUUUUAGGAUUUGCUCUGUAGACUUAGGCCAUAGAGAAGUAUUUUUUAAAAAAUUUACUGUAGAUAAAGAUCUGUAAAAGGAAUUAAAACAAACAGUAACACUGCUCUAAAUUUCAGUGCACAGCUGCUGAUGACUUCCGGUGGUUACAGUUCAUUCCACACAGAUAAUGGUCAGUGAAAACCCAUAAUAGUAUAAAAUCUUACCAAAGCUAUAAAACAGUACUUCUGAAACCUUCUGUUUCGCACUGUAAAUGGGCUUCAGAGUAUUUCUGAUAAGAACUAGUUGUGGUUAAUAACUUCAUAGACUAAAAUACAUUUAACAUUGGUCUACCAUUGGAAAGUGAUGACAGAUUAAUCCUGAACUGGAUACACUACCAGUGGAAAGAGUGACAGUGACCAGCAGCAAGAUACUAGAUGACAACCAAGGUGUUAAUUACCUUACUUUAUUUAAAAAAUGCAUGCUGAUGCUACUCUUCUGAAGACUAUUCUUUAUUCUUUCUCACUAACAUCAUUUGCUUUUGCUCUUCAUGGAUAGGCAGACUUGUGGCUCAUGUAUGUCGCGAUAGCUCUGCUGAUGCAAGUGGAGCUUUGAUGACUUUAUGCAAGGUGAAGAUCGGUCCCCUAAUGAUUCUUACUUCUUUGUGCCUUGUAUUUUUAUCCUCGGUUGUUGGCUAUACACCUUUUAAGGUAAUGUUAAUGUCUUCUACCCCCAGCCCUUAAAUGUUUAAUGUUGUUU